GGUGCACGAGGAGGUUCAGCGGCGGCGACACGGAGAAGAGAGGCGCGCGCGCACUCGCGGCGGGAAGAACAGACGGGAGUGGAGGUUUGGAGCAACAGCAGCAGCAGAAGGAGUGGAUCCCCAGCGCGCGCGGAUGGAUUACCCGUACCUGAACACGUACGACUCGUGCAUGGCCGCCAUGGAGGCCUCGGCCUACGCGGACUUCAGCUCGUGCAGCCAGGCCAACACGUUCCAGUACAACCCGAUACGGAGCAGCUUCGGCGCGGCACCGGGCUGCGCGAGCCUCGGCACGGCCAGCUGCGCGCUCGGGGCGCUGAGGGAGCACCAGCCGGCGCCCUACAGCGCAGUGCCCUACAAGUUCUUCUCGGACCCCUCCGGGCUGAAUGAGAAGAGGAAGCAGAGGAGGAUCCGCACCACCUUCACGAGCUCGCAGCUGAAGGAGCUCGAGCGCGUGUUCGCCGAGACACACUACCCGGACAUCUACACACGCGAGGAGCUCGCGCUCAAGAUCGACCUGACGGAGGCGCGAGUGCAGGUGUGGUUCCAGAACAGGCGUGCCAAAUUCCGCAAACAGGAGCGCGCCGCCAACUCCAAAAGUGGAAAUGCGGGCAACAGUGGGAAUGCCAAGAAGUCAGGCGAGGCGCGCUCUUCGUCCGAAGACGACGAGUCCAAAGAGUCCACAUGCAGCCCAACACCGGACAGCACGGCUUCCCUGCCCAGCUCGGGCAACAUGGGCAGCCCAGGGGCCGGAAGCCUCAGCCCCAGCCCGGUGUCGGUGUCCUCAGCCGGCUUUGCCAGCACUUCCACCUCCCCGUCCGUCCACCAGGGGCUGAAGUCUCCUACUUGGCCUGGGACAGGUGGCCUGACCCCGAGCGGCCCCCAGGGGCCAGAGCUGCUGAAGACGUGGCAGCCCGCGGACAGUAUGGCCGCCGGCCCCUUCGCCGGAGUGCUCUCGUCCUUCCACAGAAAGCCGGGCGCGCUCAAGACCAACCUGUUUUAGACGUUGGGUUUUCUUCUCUCUAAGCGUGUGGUCCCUUAUACUGUUGCUGCCUUGCUCUCUUUUUGUUUUACCUUAGAGCUGGACUCCCUUCUAAUUUAUUGUCAUGUUGGACUUGUUGGCGCUUCCACUGUCUGUGUGUGUGUGUGUGUGUGUGUGUGUGUGUGUCUUGAUUGUAAACAUUAUCAGCAGUUAUUAUCCACUUCUGCUGACCACUCUGCCACUUCCUCUAUUAGUUGCAUCCUUUGUCCUGUUUUCGUCUCUACCAUUACCAGUAGAAAGUAAUCAGCCAAUGAGAUGUUUUUUUUCUUCCAAUCUCCCAGUUUUGACUAUAGACCUGUAUUGUUGAAUGAACACCUAGUGUUGAACUGAUAACUACAGCGUCAGAUUCAGUGCACAGUGAACACCAACAACGUUGAACUUACACAGACGAUGUUGAGUGAACCUCGACAGUGUUAAAACAACAGUGUUGAAUCUACAGCAGAGGUGUUUACAUUCACUUCAUGUGAGUCAGAGUUGAGGCAAGAGUCCGAGUCGAAUCUUGAGUCUUUAGAGAAUUUUAGUUUAGUGUCAAUAUUAGCUGCUGGCAUUGCAUUGGACAAAGGUAGACCAGCUAAAAACCAGUCAGGUUUGAUUUUGCUUAAAAUAUCAAGCCAUUCAUGACAGAAAACCCUGAGUAAGAGGGACAGAACUGAAGCGCAACCCGAGCAACAGUGUCUUAAAACAUCAACUAGAUUAGCUGACAACUUCAGUUAAAUGAGCAGUUGUGCUAGUUGGCAUACUUGCUAACUGAACUACAUGCAAAACAGCCAUUUCAAGUUGUUUUGCCUCGUUACUUUAACCACAAUUACUGCAUGUAGCGCUUUAUUUCACCAAUCAGACUGAAAGAUUUCCUAUGAUGAAAGGUUUGUUAUUUGAAGCUGUACUGAACCUGACACCUGCCGCAAGUUGACUGCACAAUGACUGAGCAUGGCCAUGUUUCUUUCUCAGGCUGAAGUUUCCUGAGUCUCGAGUCUGACUCAAGUUGCGAGUCAGUUAAGGCGAGUCAGAGUUGUGAAUCACUUAAGAACUGGGAGUCAAGUUGUGAGUCAGUUAAAGAGGAGUUGCAGUUGCAGGUCAGUUAAGGCUGAGUUGGACUCAAGUUUCGAGUCAGCUGAGAUUACGGCAGCGUCUAGUCUUGAGUCAAGUAAGAGCAAACCUGAGUUGAGUCGCUGGUCAGUUCACACCUCAGACUACAGUUGUGAACACCUACCAUGUCCUACAGUGAAGUUUAACUGGACUCCAAUAGCCUAAACACUGUAGGGGUCAGGAAUUCUGCUAUGCCGUCCACAAAUACAAACCAAAAUCCAUUAAAGUUUCAAGCCUGACCUCAGUUUCGAGAUUUCACUGGCCAAGAAACUUGAGACUC